AUGGAAACAAAAAAUGCAACAGAGACGACAGAGUUUGUUCUCACAGGACUUACACAUCAAGCAGCUUGGCAAAUCCCCUUGUUCCUGCUGUUCCUGAUGAUAUACUUCACCACCAUCGUGGGAAAUCUCGGUCUGAUUGCUCUCAUCUGCAAUGACCCUCAACUUCACAUUCCCAUGUACUUAUUUCUUGGGAACUUGGCCUUUGUGGAUACUUGGUUAUCUUCCACAGUGACUCCCAAGAUGUUGGUCAACAUCUUCACCAAGAAUAAGAUGAUCUCUCUCUCUGAAUGCAUGGUACAAUUUUUUUCCUUUGUAGUCAGUGCAACCACAGAAUGUUUUCUGCUGGCAACAAUGUCAUAUGAUCGUUAUGUAGCCAUAUGCAACCCGCUGCUUUAUCCAGUGAUUAUGACUAACAGAUUAUGCAUGAGAAUGUUAGUUUUAUCAUUUGUUGGUGGCCUUUUUCAUGCCUUAAUUCAUACAGGUUUUUUAUUCAGAUUAACCUUUUGUAAUUCUAACAUAAUACAUCACUUUUAUUGUGAUGUCAUGCCAUUGAUUAAAAUUUCUUGUACUGGCCCUUCUAUUAAUGUUCUGAUGUUAUUUAUUUUCUCUGGUUCAAUUCAGGUGUUCACCAUUCUCAUUGUUCUUGUCUCUUAUGCACUAGUUCUCUUUACAAUUUUAAAAAAGAAGUCUCUACAAGGCAUAAGGAAGGCCUUCUCCACCUGUGGAGCCCACCUCCUAUCUGUCUCUUUAUACUAUGGGCCUCUUCUCUUCAUGUAUGUGCGCCCUGGAUCCACACACACAGAUGACCAAGAUAUGAUGGACUCUCUAUUUUACACUAUCAUAAUUCCUUUCUUAAAUCCAAUUAUCUACAGCCUGAGAAAUAAGAAAGUCAUAAAUUCACUGGUAAAAAUGUUGAAGAGAAAUAUUUCAAUCUAA